AUGAAUCAAGACAUCGAAGAACUUGGCUCGUCGGAGGAAUCGUGGGAUGCCAUCGACAACUGGACUGAGUUUUGCAAACAGGAGAAAGGCGAGCUGCCGAAGUUUCAAUUAUUACGGCGGCGAGCGCUGGCGGCCGCAAAACUACGGAUGCUCAUCCACAAGCUCGAUUACGAGUUUGAUCGCGCCAUUCUUCAGUUAGGCGAGGAGGACAUGGAAGGAUACAUCGCAGGGGGUGGAGAAGACGCUUGGACGGGAUACCUUUCCACAGCCAGCGGAACUCACAAACAGCGAGAACACGGCAAGGGGGAUGGAUCCAGCAAGCAGCCACCACCGAAAAGCCUGGAUCACGCCUUUGUGACGCCGAGAGUAAAAAGUGCGGCAAAAAGUAGACAGGCCGUCUCGCUCUUGAAUCGAAUCGUCGGUGAAAAGGAUACCCUCCUCAAGGACGCCAUUCAAGGAAUGGAACGCAAGGACAAAGCCCUGCUGACAAGCAAAAACAACGACUUUCUCAAAUUUGAGGCACAGCGAGCAAAGCAGCGGGAAGAGUUUCGACAGACCAAGAACAAUAGAACGGUCGCUGAACACCCACAUGCGACAAAGAGGAUUAGACAGGAAGCCAGGGCAAAGACGACUUUGGAGGAGCUGAAGGAACGCGGGCAGAAAAGAAGGAAGGCAUUGACAACCUCGGUCAAGCGCAUCCCGAAGUCUCAACGAGAUAGCUUCGUCCGAAAAGUUUCUGGCGUCACCAAAGGCAGUGGUAAAGCUUGCACCGAAAACGCAUUGUCGAUGCCGUCUCCUAGGGCACGAAAAAUACAGAAGAACCUCGAUACCACGCGAUACGCCCGGGCAGAGGUGAUGGGUUUGAGUAGACGCGUUAAGGCAGACGUUCAGCGUGCUAUUCAGGUCAAAGAUGAUGAGCUGGGGAAAAUGGUAGCCAUGAUGGACGAGGAAGAGCUCCGUGCGCUGGCGGACUUCGGACCUACGGGAAAGGAGGACAUCAACCUCUGGAAACGAGAUCGUCGAAAACGGUCAUGGCGACGUCUUUCUGCCUUUGGAAUGGUUCGAAAUGACCCAUCCCUUUACCGCCAAUGGGCCCAGCAGCGAUAUCAACGCUUGGCAUCACAAGCUGAGGGCACGAACACCGACCGUAUGCUUGGGACUACGUGUGCGACCGAUGCCGCGCGUCGGCCACCCUGGUCGACGGACCUCCACUACUCGCACAGAUGUCGCGCACAGCAAAUGCAACCCGCAAUAAAACAGCAGCAGCAGCGACAGCAACGCGCCUCCAUUGCAGACCUGCCCAUGUCUGACGAGAGCUCGAAUGCUAAAGGUCUGGGGCGACUGUCUCGAAAGUGUGUCCACACGGCCCCUUCCUCAAGACAUCCGGCAAGGGCGGUCGCGAAAAAUCGACCGGCCUCGGCGCCUUCGGGCGCGGCAGAAAGAGUAUCACCCCGGCCAGACCAACCUACCAUCCAACCGUGGGGCCUCUGCUGUUGGUGGCCGAGCUUUGGUGCCCACACGCUUGAGCUUUCGGGGGCUGGAGCUUUGGUCACCAUGUUCACGGGAGCGACUAAGAUUGUUAAGCCUGAGGGCCAGGAGGCGGAUGAGUUCGAGCAGCAGGUAGCUCAGGAGCUCUUCAACCUCGAGAUGUCCGCCGCGGACAUCAAGGCGGACAUCCGCGACCUCUACAUCACGGGCGCGAAGCAGGUGGAUGUGGGGGGUGGCAAGAAGGCCAUCAUCAUCUUCGUACCGUACCGUUUGCUGAGGUCUUACCACAAGAUCCAGACGCGCUUGGUGCGAGAGCUGGAGAAGAAGUUCAGCGGCCGCCACGUGGUGAUCAUCGCCACCCGCACCAUCCUCGGCAAGAGCUACGCUCGCUCAACCAAGACACAGGGAAUCCGCCCACGCUCGCGCACCCUCACGGCCGUCCAGGACGCCAUGCUCGAGGACCUCGUGUUCCCCACCGAGAUCGUCGGCAAGCGCACACGGUGCAAGAUCGAUGGCUCCAAGCUCCUCAAGGUCCAGCUCGACCCUAAGGACCAGGUGAACGUGGAGACCAAGCUCGACACCUUCUCUUCGGUAUACAAGAAGAUCACCAACAAGGACGUUGUGUUCGAGUUCCCCGUACAGGAGCCGUAGACAGAAACAAAGCACUUCGGCAUGAUGUUGCUGGUGUCCUGCCAGCGUGUGGCUUUGGUUCCCUAAGAAGUCAUUGAGCGUGUUCUUUUUGUAUGCCGAUGCCCGACGUGGCGUAAGCGUCCACCCUACGUCGUCCUCGAGCAUUCUCGGAUGCCGCCCCUCCCAGACAAUCACAACACAUGGUAGCAUGGCCUCUGAAUGUUUUUCUGGGGCAGAAGGACAGCGUGUGUGUGUUGUUUCGUCCACGACACGUCCACUGCAUGCAUCAGUAUGCAUACAAGUACUUGGACGUGACCUUCGUGAGCUACCGGAGAAUCCGACUGACGGCAUGAAAGCCCGUUUUGCACCUCGCACAGCUGUAAACGUCC